UAGCAAAGGGUGGGUGUACAGGCUCGGAGGGGGGCAGUUUGCCUGCGUGUGGAAGCGAGUGUCAGACGGCGGGUAUCGUCAGCAGGGAGAGGCUGGGAUUUGGGUAGUCCGUCGACCGAAAGCCGUCUUUUAACCACGGAAAACAGGCGCGUUUCAGCGUGAUGAGGACAUUAUAUUCCGCUCUGCAGCGUGUGGUCGCAGCGCUGAGGAAAUAAUUCGCAGUUUUCGUAGUGAAAUCGGGCGACGGUGCGGAAAAAGGGCAGGGAGUCUGCUUUCGGCCAGGGGACGGCGGUCCAGGCUCGGUUCCGCUUCAAGAGCCGCUGUAAAACUGCCUGCUUUGGAUGUUCAGGGCUUCCUGACCUCACUCUCUUCUCCCCAUCCCGAAUCGGGCCACCCCACACCGAAGGAUGCCGGACCAGAUCUCGGUGUCCGAGUUUCUCUCGGAGACCACGGAGGAUUAUAACUCCCCCACCACGUCGAGCUUCACCACCCGGCUGCAGAGCUGCCGUAACACCGUCAGCGUCCUGGAGGAGGCUUUGGAUCAGGACAGAACAGCGCUGCAGAAGGUCAAAAAGUCCGUCAAAGCCAUAUACAGCUCAGGCCAAGAUCAUGUCCAGAAUGAGGAAAACUACGCCCAGGCCCUUGACAAAUUCGGCAGCAACUUCAUCAGCCGGGACAACCCUGACCUGGGCACAGCUUUCGUCAAGUUCUCCACGCUCACCAAGGAACUGUCAGCGCUUCUCAAGAACCUACUCCAGAGUCUCAGCCACAAUGUCAUCUUCACCCUGGACUCUCUGCUCAAGGGAGACCUUAAGGGGGUCAAAGGGGAUUUAAAAAAGCCCUUCGACAAGGCAUGGAAAGAUUACGAGGCCAAGUUCACCAAGAUCGAGAAGGAGAAGCGGGAACACGCCAAGCAGCAUGGCAUGAUCCGCACGGAGAUCACCGGGGCCGAGAUCGCCGAGGAGAUGGAGAAGGAGCGCCGGCUCUUCCAACUGCAGAUGUGUGAGUACCUCAUCAAAGUGAAUGAGAUCAAGACCAAGAAGGGGGUGGACCUUCUGCAGAACCUGAUCAAGUAUUACCAUGCACAGUGCAACUUCUUUCAGGAUGGCCUGAAAACAGCAGACAAGCUAAAGCAGUACAUCGAGAAGCUCGCUGCAGACCUUUAUAACAUAAAGCAGACACAGGAUGAGGAGAAGAAGCAGCUCACCGCCCUGCGGGACCUCAUCAAGUCCUCCCUGCAGCUGGACCAAAAGGAGUCUAGGAGAGCCUCGCAGAGCAAGCAGGCCGGCUACAGUAUGCACCAGCUGCAGGGCAACAAGGAGUUCGGCAGCGAGAAGAAGGGCUUCCUGCUGAAGAAGAGUGACGGGUUACGGAAGGUCUGGCAGAGGCGGAAAUGCUCAGUGAAAGGGGGCAUCCUCACUAUCUCUCACGCCACGUCCAAUCGACAGCCAGUUAGACUCAACUUGCUCACCUGCCAGGUCAAGCCAAGCAGCGAAGACAAAAAGUGCUUUGACCUGAUUUCCCAUAACCGAACGUACCACUUUCAGGCAGAGGAUGAGCAGGAGUUCCUCAUCUGGAUAUCUGUGCUGACCAACAGCAAGGAGGAGGCCCUGAACACGGCAUUCAGGGGGGACCAGAGCGCCGGGGAGGAUAGCCUGGAUGACCUGGCCAAGGUCAUCAUCGACGAUGUGCUGCGCAUGCCAGGCAACGAGGUCUGCUGCGACUGCGGGGCCCCAGACCCCAAAUGGCUCUCCACCAACCUGGGCAUCCUGACUUGCAUCGAGUGCUCGGGGAUCCACCGAGAGAUGGGUGUCCACAUCUCUCGCAUCCAGUCCCUGGAGCUGGACAAGCUGGGCACCUCUGAACUGCUGGUGGCCAAAAAUGUAGGAAACAGCAGUUUUAACGAGAUCCUGGAGGGGAACCUACCUUAUCCCUCCCCAAAGCCCACUCCGUCGAGUGACAUGACGGUGCGCAAGGAGUUCAUCACAACCAAGUAUGUGGACCACAAGUUUGCACGCAAGACCUGCACCUCGGCGGCCGACAAAAUGAGCGAGUUGUAUGAGGCCGUGAGGUCCCGGGACCUGCUGGCCCUGAUCCAGGUGUAUGCCGAGGGGGUGGAGCUAAUGGAGCCCCUCCCAGAAGUGGGGCAGGAGUCUGGAGAAACUGCGCUGCACUUCUCGGUGCGGACCGCGGACCAGACUUCUUUGCACCUAGUCGACUUCCUCGUGCAGAACAGCGGCAACCUAGAUAAGCAGACGGACAGCGGCAACACCGCCCUGCAUUACUGUUGCCUGUACGACAAGUAUGAGUGUGUGAAGCUGCUGUUGCGGGGCAAGCCGGCGAUAGACAUUGUCAAUCAGAAUGGGGAGACAGCCCUGGACAUGGCCAGGAGGCUGAGGAACUCACAGUGUGAGGAGCCGCUGGUACAGGCCGGUGCUGGGAAGUUCAACCCCCACGUCCACGUGGAAUAUGAGUGGAACCUGCGGAUGGAGGAGAUGGACGAGAGCGACGACGACCUCGACGACAAGCCCAGCCCCAUUAAGAAGGAGCGAUCCCCUCGCCCUCAAAGCUUCUGCCACUCAUCCAGCCUGUCCCCCCAGGAUAAGCUGUCCCUGUCCGCCUUCUCUGGCCCCCGGGACAAGCAGCGGUUGUCCUACGGCGCCUUCGCCAACCAGGUGUACAGUGUCUCCACCGACUCUCCCAUCUCGCCCAUCAUCGACGCCCCACCGCUGCCCCCUAGAAAUGCUGGGAAAGUCCCAGUUCUGCCUUUUUCCGGAUCGCCGACGUCACACUACGCCACUCUGGCCGCCAUGCGCCCCUGCAUCACUCCCUCUGCUACUUCCCCCUCCUCAAUCCCUGCAGGCCCUUUGCCUGUAGGGGGCAGUGCUACCCCAUCCAAGAAGAGGCCUCCACCCCCUCCCCCUGGGCAGGAACGUACCCCACCUGAACCACCUGACCCGCUACCUCACAGUCCCCACGAUAGAGGUGCGAUGCCUGGGGGAAAUGACUCUACUCCCAUCCCUGCCAGCAGAGUGCCACUUACCAGCAAAUUUGAGGGUAUUCCCCAUCAGCAAAGCAUCAGUACCAGUAACACCAAAUCCACCCUUGGGCCCAGAGUUCUACCCAAGCUACCUCAGAAAGUGGCUCUACGGAAAAUUGACACCAUCCACCAUCCCUCCGUGGACAAGCCCAGCCAGCCUCCUGAAGGGCUCCAGAAACUUCCACAGGCCGCUGAGACCCCGCAGAAAGCCCAUCUACCUGAGAAGCCCCAGCUCUUCGACUUGCCCCCAAAACCCCAGCUCUCCGACUUGCCCCCAAAACCCCAGCUCUCCGACUUGCCCCCGAAACCCCAGCUCUCCGACUUGCCCCCGAAGCCCCUGCUGGCAGACCUGCCCCCAAAACCCCAGAUCAAAGACCUUCCACCCAAGCCUCACCUGGUGGAUACGCCCCCUAAGGCUGAUCCUCCGAGGCCUCAGCCAGCAGAUCCUGCCCCGAAACUGCAGCCCCCCGAUUGGGCAGCUUCCAGCCAGCAGGGGGAGGCAGCAUCCAGACAACCCAGCGAGGACACCAACGGAACCCCAACUGGUACCAUGGAGAUGCCUGUGCCGCUGCCCCGGAAGAUCAACGCGGGGAAGCACAAGACCAGGCGGGUGAAGACCAUCUACGACUGCCAGGCGGACAACGACGACGAGCUGACCUUCACAGAGGGCGAGGUCAUCAUCGUGACGGGAGAGGAGGACCAGGAGUGGUGGAUUGGGCACAUCGAGGGGCAGCCGGAGAGAAAGGGGGUGUUCCCAAUGUCCUUUGUGCACAUCCUCUCUGACUGACAGCGGUGACGGCUUGCCCCUCCCACAAGCACAAGCCCCGCCCACAACAAGACUGACGUUGCCACUCCCUGUAAAUAGCUACUGUUAUGAGUGCGAUACGAUGAAGGGGCGCUCCUUCACUGGGGUGUGCUGCCCGCGUGCUGUAAAUAACCGGCGUCCUGCCUUCCCUGCUCUUACUGUCACCUUGGCCUGACACGCCUUGCGGGCUUCCCUGGCACUUAUACCGUGUGUCUGUGCCCACAUGUAUGUAUGUAUGUAUGUAUGUAUGUAUGUACGUACUGUAACAUAGGUACACAGCCAUACACGCAUUCAGACAUACCUACAAAAACAUGAAUGUACAUCUUCAUGUACAUACAUAUAUAUAUGGGUGCGUGCGUACAUUUAUGCUGACCGCAGCCAGAACUUAGGCAGUUUUAGUUCCACUUCUCUCCAUAUGAACUGGAUUCUUUGAGUUUAGCAAUGAUGUCAUCUCAUCUUCUGCAAAUAGUGAAGGAAACCGGAUGGCCUUUAACUGGAAAGAACAGAUGGGUCUUCUGUCCCAUUCUCGAGGGGCAGAUUGAGGAAGGGAAUUGAUGUGCUUGUGAUGUUUUAGAGCUGAUGACAAAAUGAAAGAUCCCCAAAACGAAUAAGUAAUUACAGAAAGCCCUGUCUGGGCUUGAGGCUAAUGGAUGAAAUAGAUAUUCGUUAAGGCGUGAUUGGCCUCCCGCCGGGUCGCAUCCCCGUCACCCUCGCCUCCCGCCGGGUCGCAUCCCCGUCACCCUCGCCUCCCGCCGGGUCGCAUCCCUGUCACCCUUGCCGGGUCGCAUCCCUGUCACCCUUGCCGGGUCGCAUCCCCGUCACCCUCGCCUCCUGCCGGGUCGCAUCCCCGUCACCCCCGCCGGGUCGCAUCCCCGUCACCCUCGCCUCCCGCCGGGUCGCAUCACCGUCACCCUCGCCUCUCGCCGGGUCGCAUCUCUGUCCCCCUCGCCUCCCACUGGGUCACAUCCCAUCCUCCCUUUCCUCUUGCCUGGUUGUGGCUUGUCCCCCUCUCCUCUAGGUCAAAUCCCAUUCCUCCUUGCCUUUUGUCUCCUGCUGGGUCGCAUCCCUGUCCCCCUUGCCUCCCACCGGAUUGCAUCCCCUCACCCUGUGCUCCCCCUGGGUCACAUCCCCUCACCUCCUGCUGGGUCGCAUCCCAUCCCCCCUUGCCUGCUCAUGGGCUGUCCCCCUUGUCUUCUGCUAGGUCACAUCCCAUUCUCCCAUGCCAUUUGCUCCCCCUUGCCUCUUGCUGCUUGUCCCCCUCGCCUUCUGCUAGGUCACAUCCCAUUCCCCCUUGCCCUUUGCCUCCCUCUGGGUCACAUCCUAUCACCUUUGUCUCCCACUGGAUCAAAUCCCAUCACCCCUUGCCUGGUCACAGUCUGCUACCCUCACGUCCCGCUGGGUCGCAUCCCUGUCACCCUCGCCUCCCGCUGGGUCACAUCCCCAUCACCCUCACCUCCCACCAGGUCUCAUUCCGUCACCCUCGCCUCCUGCAAGGUCACGUCUCAUUCCCCUUGCCCCUGCCUCCCGCCGAGUCACACCUCUUCUCCUUCGCCUCCCGCUGUGUCACAGCUUAAACCCCCUCCCCUCUCUUGGGUUGCGGCCCAUCCCCCUUGCCUCCAGUCAGGUUUGGCCAGUCCCCCUCACCUCCCACUGGGACAGUGUGUCGUCCCCUCCCUUGCAUAGUUGACAUUAACCAUUGGUGGUCUUUAGUCAGAGCUCAGGAUGGUUUGAAGCUUUGAUGUGUUUUAUUCUGUAAAUCGUCAGUGGUCGAUACAGGACUUAAGAAUGAUGUCAGUAAUAUGUUGCUUCUGGUUCCGCACAUUAUCAUUAUUUAUGACAUUCAGUCUGCUAAUAACAUGCGAUACGUCGCUAUGUACAUUUGCUCCCAAUCAUGUCUCAUAUUCAUUGUGUUUGCCAUUUUAUAUACUAUAUUUAUUCCCACAUAGUUAUACGCUGUAUAUGCAUAAAUAUACAUAUAUUGUGUAUAUACAUUCAUAUGUAUUUCCGUAAAUUUGAGAGUGAGUAAAAAUUUUACUUUUCUAUGUAUUUAUAAAUAUAAAUAAUUUGUAUGUGACUUCUUUUGUCAAUUAUUUUGGACAUGAGCACAUCAGACCUCAGAAGUGGCCACAUUGUAAUGGAUGUUUAAGCCUGGGCUUCUUCACAUUGUGGGAACUGAAUGUCAUUUUGGUUUAGUGAAUAUUUAUUUCAUCCAGAAGUGGUGAUGAAGGUAGGUAAGGAGGAGGAUGACAGACACUUGUGUGCAGUGCUGUUUGAAAGCCCAUGUGAUGUACUAAGCAAGCUUCACCACUGGCUCCGACUGUCAGAGACAAAGUGAAAUUGACUGGCUAAGUCUGGGCCCCCUCAAAAGAUGGUGCCCUGGUCGGUUGCCUAAUGGGUUGAACGGCACUGAAUGUGUGGAGGGUCAUGCUUGUGCAGUGUACAGCCUAGGAGGCCUUUCCCAGUGCGGCCCUGAACGUGCUCUACAGUGGCAUUGCUCUUGCUCUUUUUACAUGUUUAAUUGUGAGGUAACUGGACUUUGGUGGAAAGGGUCACAUGUCAUUGCGAUGUCGCCAUUGCCCGGUUCCCGUGUUUUCGCUGUAUUCCCUCCGUGGUGUCGGGUUUCCCCGUUACUCCAUGUGACCAGUUAAUAAAGGUUUUAUGUUGUAAAGCUGAA